GCUAAUAAUUAUUCAUCAAGAAUAAUGGACCUUUUGCAGCUCUUCAUCACCGCCUUAAUCCCAGUACUGAAAAUUCUCUUCACCACUUUGCUUGGCUCAUAUCUUGCUCGUGAUCGCGUCAAUAUUUUGGGGGAAGACGCUAGGAAGCACUUAAACACGGUUGUAUUUUACGUAUUCAGUCCUGCCCUGGUGAGCAGCAACCUUGCGCGGACAAUAACAGAUAAAAGCAUAGUUAAAUUGUGGUUCAUGCCGGUGAAUAUCCUCAUCACAUUUAUUGUUGGUUCGAUCCUAGGAUGGAUACUCCUCCAGUUAACAAGACCUCCUGCAUAUCUGCGAGGCAUUGUCGUAGGUUGCUGUGCUGGAGGAAAUUUGGGAUUCAUGCUCCUUAUUAUAGUCCCAGCAGUUUGUAAAGAAAAAGGGAGUCCAUUUGGAGCUCCUGAUGUCUGUCAUACUUAUGCAUUGGCUUAUGCUUCACUUUCAAUGGCGAUAGGAGCCAUGUAUUUGUGGUCCUAUGUGUAUAAUAUUGUGAGGAUAUCUGCAAAGAAGGGAGCCCAAAAUGCCCACCAAUCUCCAGAGAGAUCCUCCACACCAAACCAAGUAAGUUGCACUGAGCGUCCGCUUUCUUCAAAGGAAUCUGAGGUAGUGGAGGACAAUGCUGCGGAUCAAUAUGCACUGCCCUGCACUGCUAUAUCUGAAGAAAAUGCUAAGAUGACACAAACGACAAGUUUAGGUAAAGUAAUAAAGCAACGUAUUAUGAUGGUGUUUGGAAAGCUCAAUCUGAAAGCAAUAUUUGCCCCUUCUACUACUGGAGCAAUGGUUGGUUUUGUGAUUGGACUCAUACCUCAGAUUCGAAAACUAUUGAUAGGAGAUGGCGCUCCUCUACGGGUGGUUCAAGACACUGUUUCUUUCUUGGGAGACGCAGCCAUCCCAAGUCUUACUUUGAUAAUAGGAGGAAACCUACUUACAGGUUCGAGAGGGCCAGGGAUACAGAAAUCUCUGGUUGUUGGCAUUAUCGUUGUUCGUUAUGUUGUCCUGCCUCUUGCAGGCAUUUUGGUGGUUAAAGGUGCAUUAAAAUUUGGGUUGGUGCAUUAUGAUCCAUUGUAUCUGUUUGUUCUUCUGCUUCAGUUUUCACUCCCACCAGCAAUGAACAUAGGAACAAUGGCUCAAUUGUUCGGAGCAGGAGAAAAGGAAUGUUCAGUUAUCAUGCUGUGGGCUUAUGUUUUUGCUUUAGUAACGCUUACUUUUUGGUCCGCCUUCUUCAUGUGGCUUGUGGCCCGAAUGUGAAGCAACUGUAAAGCAUCCUUGAUGCAGGACGCAUAGGACCGAAAUUCAUUAGUUUCCUAAUGUAUUUGUUUGUUUCCUAAAUUCUCUAGUUUUCCAAUUACUAUUAGGAUUUCUACUUUUCCAUAUUUCCAUAUUUCCAUAUUUCUAGUUAAGUUUCCCAUUUUAUUUGGGUUAGGAUUUCUGUUAAGCAAGGGAUUUUUAUCAUGUUAUUUCAAGGGUUUAGUUUGCUAUAAAUAACCCCAUGUAGUUCUUUAAAAUUCAUAUUUGAAUGUUGAGUAAACCUUUUUCCUAGAA